AGACCUUUGCGUAACAACACACAUGGUACACUGACUCCUCCGGCCACUGCCACUCCCGCUGCACGGGCUCGAGGUAAAGCCAAGGCCGGACCGCACUUAUCAUAUAAAGAGGGGGAAGUUCCAUCUUCCAUCCCUGAAGAGAUGACUGCUUCUAUGGAGCCACAUGCUAUGCGUAAUAAAGGCAAAGGUAAAUCUGUAGAGCUUCAAUCAACAUCUCGAAUACGCAAUCUUCGGGGCCUUCGGAAGCGCGAUUAUUCGGAGUUGAGCGGUGAUGAAAUGGAUGUCGAUGAAACCAAACCCGAAGUCGAACCUGAUGACAGCGCAUUGUCAGGUACUUUGAACCGCAAGCGUAAGCGGGGAGACACUGAUUUAUCGAGAGCCGUCUCUCUGUCAUCGAGAUGCGGAGAUUUAUCAAAGUCCAAGCGCAGUCGUUCAGUUAUAUCAACUGUGACCCAUUCAGGAUUUAAUCUUGGGGAUCGCGUCUUCGCUGUUCACGACAACCUUUGUUAUCCCGCGACCUUCGAGGAGGAGGUUGGUGAGGAUCUAUGGGUUCGGUUUGAUGGCGAAAAUAAAAGCAUUCGAUCCAAGCUCGUACGGUCAUUUGCCGAGCUUCGUGCUGGCGACUGUGUUUCUAUCGUCCAUGAUACCAUUCCAGAUGUUCUUAUUGGAGGAAAUGUUCGUACGAUAUUCGAGGAACGGGAGUGCAUCGAGUUUGUUGAUGAUAAAGAAGGGGAAGUGAGGGAGGUAGCUAUGACUGCGCUUCGAAUCAGCCCGACAGUCCUCAAGAAUUCAUGGAAUGAGCGUACAGUCGGGAUCUUUUCCGGUUACGGCUUCGUCCUGAGUUGCUCCGAGGAUCAAUCGAAAAGGGAUUCUUUCUCCAGCCGCAUCAAGAACGCAGGCGGGAAGGUUAUCCCUGACUGGACUAACGCUAUAGAACUUGAUGGAACGCAUAUCACGACGAACAAAUGGGUCAUCAAGGAUAGCGAUGCGAAGUGGAGACUGUCGUCUGUCGAACGGGUAUUCCUUCUUGCGGAUCAGCACAGCGAGAAGCCCAAGUAUCUGUUUGCUUUAGCUCUCGGUGUCCCCUGUGUCAGAUUCCGAUGGAUUGAGGAAUCGCUCGAGGCCAACGAAGUGCUGGAUUGGAGUUCUCAUUUGCUUGAGGCAGGAAGAUAUCGUUUUGACGGACCACUUGUAUCCCAGAUGAUCAAUCUGGAAUGGGGAACAGAUCACAGUGUUAAAAUGGAGAACAUUAUGGCGAACCCUGUCGCUAUGAAGUUGCUGGAAAGAAAGAGAGUCAUCUGCUACAGCGAGGAUUUUUUCCCCCCAAAGCAAACGCGGGUAAGGUGGUCUUUUCAUUCUUAAUGCAGUUCGUGCUUGCUGACGUUUACUCAGAGUGAUCGGGAGAAGGAUCGUAAAGCGCUAACUUUUUG